AUGGCCGAUCGAUUAGGUUCUACACGGCAACCAGUUUGUAUGCCAAUUGCAGGUGUUGGUGGAGCCAAAUUUUAUGCUCGAGCAAAAAUGAUGGUUUAUAUUGAAUCGAGACAUUCUGAGUUCUCCACUAGUGCCGAAUGUUUAGUUGUGCCAAGGGUGACUGGAAAUAUCCCUGCCUCAAAGAUUGAUAUUUCGUCAUGGCCGAUUCCUUCUGGAAUCCACUUCGCCGACCCUGAAUUCAACAAGCCUGAUCAAAUUAAUAUGCUGAUUGGAGCUUCGAUCUUCUUUCGUCUGCUUAAAACCGGUCAGAUUCACCUAGCUGAUGGUUUACCUGAGCUUCAUGAAACUCAUUUUGGAUGGAUAUUUGCUGGUGUAGUUGAUGAUGGUGUAGGCAAUGUUCCGAAGUUGGUUCAUUCUGCUUCCCUGCAAACUUUAAAAGAAACAAUGAAAAAUUUUUGGGAAAUAGAAGAGUUGCCAGCCACUUCUCCUUCCACUGAGCCAGAUGAUUACGAAAACACCUUCCGCCUCACACAUUAUCGCACUUCUGAAGGCCGAUAUGUUGUUAAACUGCCGUUUAGGGAUAACUUACCUGAUUUGCAAGAUAAUCGCUCUUUUGCUCUCCGACGGUUUUUUAUGCUUGAAAGGCGGUUCAAAUCAAACCCCAUUCUGAAGGAACAGUAUGUCAAAUUCAUAGAGGAAUAUCUAACGCUAGGACAUUGUAGAGAGGUUGACGUGCAAAACGAUUCCUGCAGCAUAAACCGAUAUUAUAUGCCACAUCAUGCUGUUUUACGACCAUCCACUAAGUUGAGAGUCGUUUUCGAUGGGUCUGGAAAACCAUCAUCCUGCUCAUGCUCGCUUAAUGACGUUCUUAAAGUAGGAGGAACAGUUCAAAAAGAUUUGUUUACAAUUCUACUCAGCUUUCGUCAGUAUGUUGUUGCAUUUACUGCUGAUAUUACCAAGAUGUAUCGGCAAAUUUUGAUUGACCCAUCCCAAACCAGUUACCAGCGGAUUUUUUGGAGAAGUGAUGCUAAUGAACCACUAAAGGUGUUAGAGCUAUUGACAGUGACAUAUGGUACAGCGGCAGCACCAUUUUUGGCUACAAGAUGUCUUACUCAGUUAUGCGAUGAUGAACAAGAACAAUUUCCAGUUGCUUCCAAUAUUGUCAAGAAGGACUGCUAUGUCGAUGAUGUCCUUUCCGGAGCAGAAUCUGUGGAAAAAGCUCUACAAGCACAGCGUGAGAUUCAAGAAAUGCUCGCUCGAGGUGGUUUUCCAAUCCACAAGUGGAGUUCGAAUCGACAAGAAGUGCUUGAUCAGGUCCCAGAAGAAGAUCGGGAAAAGUUAGUUCCGUUAGCCAAAUCAAUGGGAAGCGAGAUCAUCAAAACCCUGGGAAUGUCAUGGUGUCCCACUUCAGAUGAAUUUUUAUUUGUGACAAGUUUCACAGCUUUCGAUACCAAUAUUGUUCGAUCCACUAGGUUUGGAUUCCCCUGUUAUCAUCGUAGCAAAAUUAUUAAUGCAACGUAUGUGGGUUGUAAAAUUGGCCUGGGAUGA